AUUUAAAACCAGAAGAAGAAGAAGAAGAAGCAGCAGCAGCAGAAGAAGAAGAAGAAGAAGAGGAGGACACCUUCAGUUAAACAGUCUAAUGUGGAACAGGUGUACUGUAGCUAGCAACUUAUAUGUACACCAACAAGUUUGGCCGCCAUAUGUUGGGGCUGUGUAGCCGCAAACCGGCCGCUGUGUGCGGUGUGGUCCGGAGGGCGGCUGGUCGGAGCGGGUUCAGCUGGACUGCAGUGUGUCAACAGCGGACACUAUGGCUGCAGAGGAGCGGCUUUCUGGAGACGGAAAAACGUGCUGUGAUCCGUCAAACCGGUUCUCGGUCAGCCUCUCAAACUACAGUAGAUCCCAGUGAGCUGAAGAGGUUCCAGUCACUGGCCAGCAAGUGGUGGGAUGAACAGGGAGAAUUUGCAGCUCUUCAUGCCAUGAAUGACCUGAGGGUGCCUUUUAUACGGGAUAAUCUGCUGAAUGUGCACAGAGCACGUCAUCCUGGGAAACCACUCGCAGGACUGAGAAUCCUGGAUGUCGGCUGUGGAGGAGGCCUGCUCACCGAGCCCCUGGGUCGCCUUGGAGCCAAAGUGUUGGGCAUAGAUCCAGUAGAAAACAGCAUCGGCACUGCGCAGCUGCAUUCCUCCUAUGACCCGGACCUUCGUGAGCAGGUGUCCUACCAGGUCUGCACCCUGGAGGACCUCUCCGGCGAAGAGGAGGGAGGAAAGGAGGAGCAGGGAGCGGCUCAGUUCGAUGCCGUUGUUGCGUCCGAGGUUGUGGAACAUCUGGCUGACCUGGAAACGUUCGCCUUCUGCUGCAGCAGUGUACUGAAGCCAGGCGGCUCACUGUUCAUCACAACUAUAAAUAAAACCAACCUGUCGUAUGCGCUGGGUAUCAUCGUAGCCGAGCAGAUCCUACGCAUCGUUCCCAGUGGGACGCACGACUGGGAAAAGUUCAUCAGUCCAGAAGAGCUGGAGCGCCUCCUGGAGUCCAACGGUUUCUCAGUGCAGUCAGUCCAGGGAAUGCUGUACAACCCACUAUCAGGAGCCUGGAGCUGGACUAACAGCACUGCCAUCAACUACGCCCUCCACGCAGUCAAACUGGAAGAUUCAGCCGAGGACAGCAGCCCCCACCCUGAGGACCACACUGCAGCCUCACACAGCUGAGCCGCUCUGCUGGAGAACAAGUCAGACAAUGAAAAUAACAAUUCAGAUUUCCAAAGCGUGGAGCUGUGACGUCCCAUCAGCCGGCCGCUGUGAUGCAACAUAUGAGACUGAGUUUAUUCAAGGGAACGACAAACAACCUCGAGAUGGAAUGAGAGAUGAGCCGCACUCACAAUAAGAUUGCACUAUGCUGUUGGAGGGUUUAAUAAUAGUUUAGUGUUUGAUAAGCUGUGCACGGCAUCUGUACAUCUGUAGUUCUGGUUUAGAGCUGUGUAACCACACAGCUCCACUUUGAGCAAACAUUGUUCUGCAUCGGUUUGGUUUUGUUUGCUGGGUGUUUUGCAGGUUGCCAUUAAAAUUGACCUUUCGUCAGUUAAAA